AGAGGAGUACUGGUGUGGUUGGUGGAUAAUUUCUACAGUUGCGAAGGGUACAGUGUACCUCGCUGUCUCAUGUAUGAGAUUUACGUGGAAACCUGUGGACAAAAUGCUCAGACUCAAGUCAAUCCAGCAACGUUUGGGAAGCUUGUGCGCUUGGUUUUUCCUGAUCUUGGAACGAGAAGACUAGGCACGAGAGGAAGUGCCAGAUAUCAUUAUGACGGAAUCUGUAUCAAGGAAAGUUCUUUCUUCUAUGCCCACUAUUGCUAUCUUCUAGGUGAAAGGAGAUAUCACAGUGAAGAUGGCGUUGCCUUUGAAAGAGCUACUAAUUAUAACACCAUCAUCAAACAAGAAGGAACAUUUGAAAACCAUUCACUGAUAAAGACAGACCCAGUUGGAUUCCCUUUGUCUGAAUUCAGGAGAUGUCCAUUUUGGGAGCAAGAACUGGCAAAGAAAUACUCUUAUAAAAUGAUGGCCUAUCUGGCUAAUGAAUACUGCAACUAUUGUCAAGAUAUUUUUCAAAUUGUGAAGAACCAAGAGCUUGAGAGGGUGGGGGGUUUGCUGACUUCUUUCUGGAAAUCCCUACAACAAGACAUGGUCCUGUUUAUGUCUUUGCCUGACGUGUGCCAGCUCUUUAAAUGCUACGAUGCACAGCUGUAUAAGGGCAUCGAAGACAUUCUCCUUCAUGACUUCUUGGAAGAUGUUCCUAUUCAGUACCUGAAAUCUGUCCGGUUAUUUAGUAAGAAAUUUAAACUGUGGUUACUUAAUGCUCUGGAAGGCUUCCCAGCCCUCUUACAGAUUUCCAAACUCAAAGAAGUCACUGUGUUUGUCAAAAGACUAAGAAGAAAGACCUACCUUUCCAACAUGGCAAAGACUAUGAGAUUGGUACUGAAAAAUAGCAGGAGAGUCAACAUUUUGAAGUCGGAUCUACAUGCCAUUCUCAGUCAAAGCCCUUUGGAUAUUUCUAAGAAAGCCCUACCUGCUAACCCCAGGGACAUGGAUGACUUGGAGAACAACACUGAGAUGAAAUGUUUAAGCAGUUUAAUUUCUUUGCUGGGAACAUCAACAGAUCUCAGUGUAUUCCUAAACUCUCUGUCUUCAAAUCUCCAAGCAUUUGUCUUCCAGCCAAGUAGAAGCAAAGAGGAGUUUAUCAAAUUGGCUGCCAGCUUCCAGCUAAGAUGGAAUUUCCUUCUCACAGCUGUGAGCAAAGCCAUGACCCUCUGCCACAGGGAUAGUUUUGGCUCCUGGCAUCUGUUUCAUUUGCUACUUUUGGAAUAUGUGAUUCAUAUACUUCAGUCGUGCAUAGAAGAGGAAGAGGAAGAAGAGGACAUGGGAAGUCUCAAGGAACUGCUAUCGGAUGCUCAGUCUGUCAUCCAGCCUGACCAGGCACUUUUUCACCCUUUUGUUACUUCACCAACUCCGGAGCUCCAAAGCCCGAGUGUGGAACCACCUAGGGUAAUGCUCAGACACCUCAGUCAGGGCCGGUGCACCUCAGAUGUGAGCGGGGUGAUUCUCAAGGUCCUGGGCUUCCUGGUGGACACUGCCACGGGCAAUAAGCUCAUUCAGGUACUACUGGAAGACAAGGAAACAGAAAGCACCAUGAGACUCAGCCUCCCUAUGGGACAAGAAGCUCUCAUAACCCUCAGAGAUGGACAAAAAUUCAUGAUCCAUGUGUCAGAAGUACCCCAAAGCUCUGAAAACACUUAUUUCAGGGAAAGCAAUGCUAAUACGCAAGAUGAUGAUUCAAACAGGCCAUGA